UUUCUAUCUCAGAUACCCUUUUCUCUUUAGUUCUCUCUCUCGCGGCCUCACCAAACAGCUUUCCGGAAGAGUGCGCGCGAAAGAGAAGGCUCUUACCCAAUUGAGGGUUCCCUCUAAUCAACAACUCCUAAUCCCAAAUCCUAAGAUUCGAUUCAGGUCUGAGGAUUGCAGUUGUUUGGACGUUCUAUUUUAAUCAACCAAGUUUCAUGUCUGAACUAGACGCCCAAAUUCCUACUGCCUUUGAUCCGUUUGCUGAGGCAAAUGCUGAGGACUCUGGUGCUGGUUCGAAAGAGUACGUGCACAUUCGUAUACAGCAGCGGAAUGGUAGGAAAAGCCUGACAACUGUCCAGGGGUUGAAGAAAGAAUAUAGCUACAACAAGAUACUUAAGGACCUUAAGAAGGAGUUUUGCUGUAAUGGUACAGUUGUCCAAGACCCAGAACUAGGACAGGUUAUUCAACUUCAAGGUGAUCAGCGAAAGAAUGUGUCCACGUUCCUUGUCCAGGCUGGCAUUGUGAAAAAAGAACAUAUCAAGAUUCAUGGUUUCUGAGCUGCAGUAACUGAAAGCUCGGCAUGGUUCAUACCCUCAUAUGUUAGUGCUUGAUAUGUUAUCGACUUUUAAUAUGGUCAUCCAGUUAUGUCAUUGAAGGGUCUAGUCUUUUCGCAUUUUACCUGUGUAGCUGGUGUGCUCUAGUUUAUCUAGCAGCUGUGUAAUGAUGUGUAAUGAUUAUGGAAUUCUCAUGAGUACCUGUGUCUUUGUCCUUAAUAACAAUCACUUUAUCAAAAAAUUUAUGCGAAAUCUUAUAUUA